AUGUCAAAGAGGGUGCAGAUUGUCUCUAGAGUAUCGCUGUGGGGAUACGAUGCGUCGGAGAUUGGAGAGCCGGGCGCAGGUGAGGUUGAGGGCGAAGGUCAGUUUUUCGACGAUCUCCUACCAUUGGGUGCUGAUACUGGCGUAAGGGACGAGCAGCAACUCGGGGGCAAAAUUGGAAUGAACCUGGACGAUAAUUUCCGGUGGAAGAAAAGGAGCAACCAUAAUUAUGUUAGCCGUUGCAAGGAGUGUGUGUUUCAGCCCGAUGUUGUUCUCGAAGCCGUUGUAGUCGUAGAGGCUGAGACUGUGGUUGAAAUUGCAAUACUCAUCGAGCUACCAGUGAAUGGUGGUCGGAUUGAGGUAGCAGUGGCUCUAGAAAUCAAGUCCGUAGAGCUACAUACAUACACGGUUGAUCACAUCCACGGAGUCACGCGAUCAAAGAAGAAAAGAGACGAACAGAAAAACCGGAGCACCUAG